AUGGAGCAACACAGGCGCGUACGUGUUGAACUUUGGAAACUGAUAAGGGAGGCCUGCAGACCGCUUCAUAAUAAUACAUUGACAGGUGAUUACUUUGAAACGACACCGAUACAUCAAGUCGGAGCGAUCGCCGUCAGUGGCAAAGACUCGUCCACGGACUCCGUGUUUCAUAAUGAGUGGAACACGUUUUUGUGGGUUCCGGCGAGCCGUGGAGUGGCCACAGCGAGCGCGGGCGGCGGCUGCGGUAAAAACGUGGCUGGGUUGGGUGUGUUGAGCUCCAAAGCACUGCACUGCACCGCCCAGGACGUGGCGCGACCACUGGCGUGGAACGUUCCGCUUCAUUGUACUCCACACUCGCAUGCG